GGGUCCAUGAACUGAGCAGUCAGAGUACACAUCCAAUUCACUAAACCCAGAUCUUCUUACCAUCAUAAUGGAAAAUCAAUUUGCUAGAGUGGUGAGCAAGUUGCUGCUGUGCAUUUGUUGCAGUCAUGUGUACAACGACCAUUCUGAUGCUCCAUGGCAUUCUGCUGGAAUAAAAGGCACUUUGUAAUUGGGUAACAUUUUAAAAGCUGGGACAAAGGCUGUGGAAAGUGAUUUGAAUAAGUUUGCAUUUUUCUUCUUCUGAAGUUCCUGGAAUUGAAUUGCCAGGAUGAGUCCUGUCCUCUUGCUAUCUUUGGUUCUGUCAGCUAUUCCACGGGCUGAGUUAGUCCCAGAGAAACCAAAGAGAUCUGCUCUGAACCAACUCACCAGGUUACUGCUUCGCAAAUACGACUUGGGAGUUCGGCCUGUCCAUAACUGGACCAAACCAACUACCAUUUACAUUGACCUUAUAAUCAAAUCUGUCCUGGAUGUGGACGGACAGACUCAGAAAGUUACCACCAGCAUUUGGUAUCGCCAAAUAUGGAACGAUGAGUUUCUUGUUUGGGAUCCUGAAGAGUUUGAUGGAAUCACUGAAAUAUCGCUGUCCUCGGAUGCCAUCUGGGUGCCUGAUGUCAUCAUAAGUGAAUUCGUCCAUGUUGGCAAAUCCCCAGUCAUCCCAUAUGUUUAUGUCAACUGCUCAGGAACAGUAAAAAACUACAAACCCAUCCAGGUGGUCUCAGCAUGUCACCUGGAGAUGUAUGCCUUUCCCUUUGACAAGCAGAACUGCACUGUGACCUUUCGCAGCUGGCUCCACUCAGUGAGUGAAGUGGAUUUAGCUCUAUGGAGGCCUGCUGAGGAAAUCGCCAGUGACACCAGAGAGUUCAUGAAUGAUGGUGAAUGGGAGCUGCUGUCUAUCCCUUCUCACUACUGGACAUUGAAUCUAGAGGACAGAGACUACGCGCAGAUUCAGUUUAAUGUGCUGAUCCGCAGGCGCCCCCUGCUGUACGUGGUAAGUCUGCUCAUCCCCAGCAUCUUCUUCAUGGUGGUGGAUGUCACCAGUUUCUAUCUGCCUCCAAACAGUGGAACUCGCAUCACUUUCAAGACCAGCAUUCUCCUGGGCUUCACUGUAAUCAGAGUCAAUCUGAUGGAUGAAAUCCCUGCCACAGCCAUUAAAACACCCCUCAUUGGGGUCUUCUUUGCUGUUUGCAUGGCGCUGCUGGUGCUAAGUUUGUCAUUGUCCAUUUUCGUAGUGAAGCUUUUGCAUUACAGUGAGACAGAAGUCAAGGAGAUGUCCAUAUCUGCCUGCUUGCUAGACAAAUACGGCUCGAUGGACCAGAGCUUUUUUGAGAGCGCUUUCACUUCGAUGAAGACGCUGGAUGAUAUGGACCAAUCAGGGGGCUACGAGUCUGAUCUCUCUCCAGAGCCAGACCUGUUCUCCCUGACAGAUGUCUCAAACAGUGACUCUUCACUGGAGAAAAUCCUGCAGGAGGUGGUGUCUCUCAGACUGUACCUUCAGGAGGAGGACAGUGAGGGCAUUUCACAGUCUUACUGGGUGGAACUGUGCCUGAAAGUGGACAAGCUCCUCUUCUGCAUGUACCUGGUGUUUAUGUUCAUCUAUGUGAUGACUCUCCUGCUGCUCUGGGGAACCUGGAGCUCUGCCUGAAAAAAAGAGGUUGACAAAAAGACAAAAACGGAGGCAGAGGGGUUGGAGAAAGUUAAAACAAAGUGAGACAGAUUCCACAACUGCAGUUUCAGUUUUAAAGUAUCAAACAC